AUGGCACCACCGCCAGAUCCUCACCUGGACCCCGCGGCCUAUCUCAGGAGCAUCCAUGCCGUUCGCCAGCGGUCGAAUCUGGUGAUGGCGAAGGCGAAGACGAACCAGCUAAACCACUUCGAUGUCGACAUGAGCAAAUUCGAGACUACCGCACAGUACAUUGUCUCUAUAAUCAAGCGAGACUACGCACCGGAUUUCCAUAAUAUUCCUGACCACGGACGCUGGCAGCACUUUGACGUGGGUGGGAAGCCCCGCGUGAACCAACUGCUCCAGUCAUGGCCAAGUACCAUCGACGCCCUGGAGCGAGCACGCAGACUUAUCGAUCUCUUCCUGAUAUCCGUAUUGCUGGAUGCUGGCGCUGGGAAUAGCUGGAGCUAUAAAUCGAAAGAGUCCGGUAAAGUGUACCGGAGAAGUGAGGGCUUAGCCGUUGCGAGUCUGGAGAUGUUCAAGGCCGGAAUGUUCAGUAGUGACCCUACCGAACCAUGUCAAGUCGACGGGGCAGGGCUGAGACGGCUGACGGUGGGAGCGCUGGCUAAGAGAAUGCAGCAUUCUGAGCAGAACCCUCUGGCUGGACUGGAGGGCCGAGCAGGCUUGCUGUUACGUCUAGCAGACGCUCUAAACAACCAGGAGCUAUUUGGAGUUGAUGCGCGCCCAGGAAAUAUGCUUGAUUACCUUCUCUCCCACUCGUCAACACUCGCCUCGUCCGUACCCAUCAUCCCUGUCCCAACCCUCUGGGGCGUUCUCAUGGACGGCUUGUCUCCAAUAUGGCCACAAUCCCGCACGCAGAUCGAUGGAGUAUCUAUCGGCGAUGCAUGGCCGUGUAAAGCCAUGCCUGCGUCGCCCCCCGCAGAGCCAUGGGAGAACAUAGUCCCAUUCCACAAACUGACACAAUGGCUAUGCUACUCCAUCAUGACGCCCAUGACAAAGAUACUAAACAUCCGAUUCUCCGGCCGUGAACUCCUAACGGGUCUACCAGAAUACCGAAAUGGCGGACUCUUAAUCGACAUGGGUCUGCUGACAUUGAAACAAGAUGAUACCGAUCGGGGUUUGGAGGCUUACAAGACCAAUGCUAUGAUCAAGGGCCAGCCAAAUGUGGAAGUAGUUCCACUAUUCAGCCCAGAUGAUGAUGUCAUCGUGGAAUGGAGAGCGCUCACGGUUGGGUUCCUAGAUCAGCUGCUUGUAGAAGUGAACAGGCUACUUGAUUUGAAGGAGGGUCAACAGCUUUCACUGCCUCAAAUGCUUGAAGCCGGUUCAUGGAAGGGCGGACGAGAGAUUGCCGAAGUCUCUAGACCCAACACAAAGCAGCCUCCCAUCAUGAUCAUAUCAGAUGGCACAGUAUUUUGA